AGACCGAGUACCAAGAGAGCGACUCGUUCAUGGCAGACACGCACGCCCGCACACCCAGCAUCCUCAGAGUCAUAUAAAUGUGCGGGAAGAAGUCGUCUUGUUGGGUCGAGAAGAGAGAGGCUGCAGAGAAAGAAGACAAGCUGCUUCUUCGGUGGUUGGUGAGGGAAGAAUUUGCAAACUAGAGGGGAAGGACAUGGGGAGGGUUAUGGAGAGGAAGCUUGGUUUUUGGGCGGUGAUGGUUUUUGCGGCGGUGCUGGAGGUGGGGAGAGCGCAACUGGCGGAGGACUUCUAUGGCGGAACCUGCCCGAACGUCGAGAGCAUUGUGAAGCAGGUGGUGACCACCAAGUUCGGGCAGACCUUCGUCACCUUUCCCGCCACGCUCCGCCUCUUCUUCCACGAUUGCUUUAUUGAGGGAUGCGAUGGUUCGAUUCUGAUCACAUCGCCUAACGGGGAUGCUGAGAAGGACGCUCCGGAUAAUCUGUCUCUAGCCGGAGACGGGUUUGACACUGUCAUCAAGGCAAAGCAAGCUGUCGAAGCGACUUGCCCCGGCAUCGUGUCGUGCGCCGACAUCUUAGCCAUUGCUGCUCGAGACGUAGUCGUCCUGGCCGGAGGUCCAUCAUUCAACGUAGAGCUCGGACGUCGUGAUGGUCUCAUCUCUAAAGCAUCUCUAGUGGCCGGGAAGUUACCGGAACCGAACUUCGAUCUCGACCAGCUCAACACGAUUUUCUCCAGAAACGGCCUCACACAAUCUGACAUGAUCGCCCUCUCGGGUGCUCACACCGUCGGCUUCUCCCACUGCAACCGCUUCGCCAACCGUCUCUACUCAUUCUCCUCGUCAUCUCCGGUGGACCCUACUCUCAACUCUACCUACGCUGUGCAGCUGAAGCAAGCUUGCCCCCAAAAUGUGGACCCACAAAUAGCGAUCGACAUGGACCCCGUGACUCCGCAGACGUUCGACAACAUGUACUACAAGAAUCUGGUCCAAGGCAUGGGCCUGUUCACUUCGGACGAGUCGCUCAUCGCCGAUUCGGCGUCCAAACCUACUGUGCAGGACUUUGCCAACAACCCGGGCAACUUCAACCAGGCCUUUGCCACUGCCAUGAGGAAGCUCGGGAGAGUGGGUGCCAAGACAGGAAGCCAAGGAGAGAUAAGAAGAGAUUGUACAGCUUUCAAUUCGUGACAUACAGGCACGCCUUGAAGGUCUAGACAUGGAAUCAAUAAGCAGUGUGCGGUUCUGACCUGUGAAAUAAACAGUACCGCUACUACCGCCCCAUUUGUUUU